AUGAGCUAUAUAUCACAUGUUGGUGAAGAGAUCCAAUGGCCUUUGGCGAGACAUGAGGCUUGCGUUAAGUUAGACCAGUCUCAAUAUUUCUUGUCGUUACGCGCUCCGAAGGAGAAAGAACACGAAGCUAUGAUGUUAAAUUACGGACUGACAUUUGCUUCAAAAGGACAAGAGAAGUUGUUGAGAGAAAUGGAUGAGUUAUUGGAGCAUUGCAGUAGUUUCUUGGUGCAGAAAGAGGAUGAGAAGAAGGGCGCUUUGGAUUUAACAAUGGCGGAACGAAUGAGUCCCUCAGAUAUGAAAAUGGAAGCAAAUAAGGAACAGAUGGAGCAGAUUUGUAGAGCUUAUUGGAAGACAUUAGCCCCAAAUGUGGAGGAUUACAUGGAUAGAUUGAUCAAGGGUAAUGAGAUUUUAAAGCUAAAGAUCGGACCUGCUAGCAACACAACACUUAAUCUUGAACUUCUAAAGGCUAUACACAGGGUUAAUAAGGUGACGAAGAUGAUAGAGACAGUUGUUGGUGGACUUCUUUCUGGCAUUCUGAAGAUUACUGGAUUCUUUAGAAGCUCUGUUGCUAGCCCUAAACUUGGCAAGAAGUUCUUCAAGUUUUUGCCUGCGGAAAUUGCACUCGCGACCCUGGAUGGAUUUAGCAAAAUUUAUGAUGCUUUCGAAGUUUCUGGAAAGAAUGUAAUGUCAACAUCAUCUACUGUGACAACAGAACUUGUCAGCCACAAAUAA